AUGGCGGUGGGCCUCCGCGCCGCCGACUUCCCCCGCUGGAAGCGCCACAUCUCGGAGGAGCUGCGGCGCCGCGACCGGCUGCAGAGACAGGCGUUCGAGGACAUCAUCCUGCACUAUAACAAGUUAUUGGAAAGGUCAGAUCUUCAUUCUGUGUUGGCCCAUAAGCUACAAGCCGAAAAACACGAUGUGCCAAACAGACAUGAGAUAAGUCCCGGACAGGAGGGCCCCUGGAAUGACGGUCAGCUGCAGGAGAUGGCCCAGCUGAGGAUCAAACACCAAGAGGAGCUGACGGAGCUGCACAAGAAGCGCGGGGAGCUGGCCCAGCUGGUGAUUGACCUGAAUAACCAGAUGCAGCAGAAAGACAAGGAGAUGCAGACAAACGAAGCCAAAAUCGCAGAGUGUUUACAGACCAUCUCGGAGCUGGAGAACGAGUGCCAAGAGCUGCGCAACAGGCUGCAGGACCUGGAGAUCGUCAACCAGACCCUUAAGGACGAGUACGACGCCCUGCAGAUCACCUUCACCGCCCUGGAGGAGAAACUGAGGAAGACCACCGAGGAGAACCAGGAGCUGGUCACCCGCUGGAUGGCUGAGAAGGCCCAGGAGGCCAACCGCUUGAAUGCAGAGAACGAGAAGGAUUCCAGGCGGCGGCAGGCCCGGCUGCAGAAGGAGCUGGCGGAAGCGGCAAAGGAGCCCCUCCCCGUUGAGCAGGACGAUGACAUUGAAGUCCUUCUGGACGAGACCUCCGACCACCCUGAAGAGCCCUCCCCGGUGCGGACCGUCAGCAGAGCGGCGACUAAGCGGCUCCCCCAGCCUGCUGGAGGCCUUCUGGACUCUAUCACUAAUAUCUUUGGGAGGCGUUCAGUCUCAUCCCCCCCGGUGCCCGCAGACAACGUUGACGCCCACCUUGGCUCCGGCAGAGACGUGAGGGUGCCCACCACCGCGAUGUGUGUCUUUGACGCACACGAUGGAGAAGUGAACGCUGUGCAGUUCAGCCCUGGGUCCCGGCUGCUGGCCACCGGGGGCAUGGACCGCCGGGUCAAGCUCUGGGAAGUGUUCACAGACAAGUGUGAGCACAGGGGCUCCCUCACGGGUAGCAACGCCGGGAUUACAAGCAUCGAGUUCGAUAGUGCUGGAUCGUACCUCUUAGCCGCCUCAAAUGAUUUCGCCAGUAGAAUCUGGACAGUGGAUGAUUACCGGUUACGGCAUACACUCACGGGCCACAGCGGAAAAGUGCUGUCUGCCAAGUUCCUGCUGGACAACGCACGCAUCGUCUCAGGAAGCCACGACCGGACCCUCAAACUCUGGGAUCUCCGCAGCAAAGUCUGCAUAAAGACGGUCUUUGCGGGGUCUAGUUGCAACGAUAUUGUCUGCACAGAGCAGUGUGUCAUGAGUGGACACUUCGACAAGAAGAUCCGGUUCUGGGACAUACGGUCUGAGAGUAUCGUCCGAGAGAUGGAGCUGCUGGGAAAGGUGACCGCCCUGGACCUGAACCCCGAGCGCACGGAGCUGCUCACCUGCUCACGUGACGACCUGCUCAAGAUCAUCGACCUGCGGAAACACGCCGUCAGGCAGUCCUUCAGUGCCCCAGGCUUCAAGUGCAGCUCCGACUGGACCCGGGCCGUGUUCAGCCCUGAUGGGAGCUUCGUGACCGCAGGCUCGGCCGAGGGCUCGCUCUACGUCUGGAACGUGCUCACAGGCAAGGUGGAGAAGAUCCUGUCCAAGCAACACAGCGCGUCCAUCAAUGCCGUGGCCUGGUCUCCAUCCGGCUCGUACGUGGUCAGUGUGGACAAAGGAAGCAGAGCUGUGCUGUGGUCGGAGUACUGA